AUGAAGGGGGCAAACCAGACAGCUGUGACGGAAUACGUCCUGAUGGGGCUACACGAGCACUGUAACCUGGAGGUGGUCCUGUUUGUGUUCUGCCUGGGCAUCUACUCCGUGAAUGUGCUGGGGAACGCCCUCCUCAUAGGGCUGAACAUGCUGCACUCUCGCCUGCAUAACCCCAUGUACUUCUUUCUCAGCAACCUCUCCCUCAUGGACAUCUGCGGCACCUCCUCCUUUGUGCCUCUCAUGCUAGUCAAUUUCCUGGAAGCCCAGAGGACCAUCUCCUUCCCUGGCUGUGCCCUGCAGAUGUACCUGACCCUGGCGCUGGGAUCAACGGAGUGCCUGCUGCUGGCUGUGAUGGCAUACGACCGUUAUGUGGCUAUCUGCCAGCCGCUUAGGUACCCAGAGCUCAUGAGUGGGCAGACCUGCAUGCAGACAGCAGCGCUGAGCUGGGGGACAGGCUUUGCCAACUCACUGCUACAGUCCAUCCUUGUCUGGCACCUCCCCUUCUGUGGCCACAACGUCAUCAACCACUUCUGUGAGAUCUUGGCAGUGCUAAAACUGGCCUGUGGGGACAUCUCCCUCACUGCGCUGGCAUUAAUGGUGGCCACAGCUGUCCUGACACUGGCCCCCCUCUUGCUCAUCUGCCUGUCUUACCUUUUCAUCCUGUCUGCCAUCCUUAGGGUACCCUCUGCUGCAGGCCAGUGCAAAGCCAGCUCCACCUGCUCAGCCCACCUCACAGUGGUGGUGGUUUUUUAUGGGACAAUCUCCUUCAUGUACUUCAAACCCAAGGCCAAGGACCCCAGCGUGGAUAAGAUUGUCACAUUGUUCUACGGGGUUGUGACACCCUCACUGAACCCCAUCAUUUACAGCCUGAGGAAUGCAGAGGUGAAAGCGGCCGUCCUAGCUCUGCUGAGAGGAGGUUUGCUCUCCAGGAAAGCAUCCCACUGCUACUGCUGCCCUCUGCCCCUGUCAGCUGGCAUAGGCUAG